AAUUUUUAUACUCAAACAGGAAAAACAUGAUCAUGGUAGUCUACUCUUUACUUAGAAUUCAACUUGGCAAAGGUUAUGUAGAUGCAGUGCCUUAUAAAAAGUCUAUUCUAACUAUCUUUUUGUGUGAGGACUUCAAUCCGAAGCAACAACACACAAAAAAAAGUUGAUUCAAAUUGAGAUGGCAGAAGCCCAAGUUAAGAAUGCAGCCUUAUUGGCUGUUCUGUGCUUGGCCUCAGCAGCAUCAUGGAAUUACUUGGUUAGAACAUCUCAAAUUGAUCCUGCCCCCAUAAGUCUUUUGCCGUCCCCUCCCAUGAGAGAUGGUAUUUAUGCUCCCAAUGAGAAGCUUGAAAAGGCAGAAAAGAUAGGAUUAGGGCUGGUACAUGGGCCAGAAGAUUUCGCUCUUGACAGAGAAAAGAAGUCCCUUUUCACUGGAUGUGAGGAUGGAUGGAUUAAGCGGGUUUGGUUUGAUGAAGGGAGGGUGGAGAAUUGGACAUUUGUUGGGGGGAGGCCUUUGGGUGUGGCGGUUGGGAAGAAUGAGGAGCUCAUUGUCUGCGAACUGCGUAGGGGCUUACUGAAUGUGACAAAAGACAAUGUGGAGGUCUUGUGCAAUGAGGCUGGCGGAUCAAAACUCAAGAUGCCUGAUGGAGUUGAUGUUUCAAAAGAUGGUGUGAUUUACUUCACAGAUGCUAGCUAUAAAUACAGCCCUGCAAAAUUUGAGUUAGAAGUAUUUGAAUAUCGUCCUCAUGGAAGGCUGAUCAAAUUCGAUCCCACCACAAAAACUGCGACUGUUCUGCUCAAGGACCUUUACUUCUCCAAUGGAGUGGCUCUGUCUGCCCAAGAGGAUUUCCUGGUUUUCUGUGAAACUUUCAUUUUCAGGUGUAGGAAAUAUUGGCUAAAAGGAGAGAAAUCAGGGAAAAUUGAAACAUUCCUUGAAAAUCUACCUGGAUUUCCUGAUAAUGUUAGAGUGGAUGCAGAAGGCACCUUCUGGAUUGGUCUUCUUGGGAGACGAACCUUGCUAUGGGAUCUGACUGUCAAAUACCCAGCAUUCAGGCAUGUUUUGGUGAGGAUGUGGAGUAUCAUAAACCCAUAUGUAUUGUUUAAGAAAGGGGCCAUUCUGAACUUGAAUGAGAAUGGAGAACCCAUUGCUUUCUUUGAGUCUAAAAGGCCACUCAUUACUGGUGGAGUAAGGUUGGGCAACCAUUUGUAUUUUGGUGGCAUUCUUGAUCAUUCCCUCAAUAGUCUUGAACUCCCUUAAUUUCUCCUCUUUGCUUGCUAUAAUAUUGUCAACAAAGAGAAUUUUUUCUUGCAUGGCAUUUUUAUAUGUUCAAUGGCAAGCAUCAUUCUCCAUCUACAUCUACAAUGGUUGAAGACUGCCACCUUGAAUGCUUACUGAAUACAAAAAUUUACUUCUGAUGCCCAUAACAACGUUGCAAUGCAUCAUUCA